CAUAAAGACAUGGAUGACAGAGUCUGGUGUGGAUGAACUUGACUGGCCUGCACAGAGUCCUGACCUGAACCCGAUAGAACACCUUUGGGAUGAAUUAGAGCAGAGACUGAGAGCCAGGCCUUCUCGACCAACAUCAGUGUGUGACCUCACCAAUGCGCUUUUGGAAGAAUGGUCAAAAAUUCCUAUAAACACACUCCUCAACCUUGUGGACAGCCUUCCCAGAAGAGUUGAAGCUGUAAUAGCUGCAAAAGGUGGACCGACACCAUAUUGAACCCUAUGGGUUAGGAAUGGGAUGGCACUUAAGUUCAUAUGUGAGUCAAGGCAGGUGACCGAAUACUUUUGUUAAUACUAGUGUAUCUCUCUGAUGAGGAAGCAGCACCUCUGUACAUUCUGAUUUCAUUAGAAGAAUUAAAGGAAGCUCUUAUAGCCAUGAAGAAGGGGAAGUCACCGGGAUGGGAUAGAAUCCCUCCAGAACUAUACCUCAUUUUUUGGGAAGAGUUUGGACAGCAGUUGUUAAAUAUGAUUAAUCAAUCUAAUCAAGAGGGUUCUUUCAACAAUAGUGCUAAUAUGGCCAUUAUUACUCUGCUAUCUAAGCCUCGGAAUCUCAGGCUGUUGUCGCUUUUAAAUAGUGAUGUUAAGUUGUAUGCUAAAGUUCUAGCCUCCCGUUUAGACAUUUUUAUGACUAAGCUGGUGGAUAGUGAUAAGACCAGUUUCAUUAAAUCAUGCCUGGCAGCUGAUAAUGUACACUGUUUACUGUCAUUCACACUGCUAGUGGAAUUGGUUUGCUGUAUGCUACAUUGUCUUUAGAUGCUGAAAAAGCCUUUGACAGGCUGGAGUGGCAAUACAUCUGGACAGUAUUGGAAUGCUUUGGGCUGGGUAGAGAUUAUAGUAUUUGCAUAGCAUUUGCUCAUCACAAUUUUCCAUUUUCUUGGGAUUCGUCAAGGAUGUCCUCUUUCUCCACUUUUGUUUGCCCUCUCUCUUGAGCAUCUUGCUCAGAAAAUCCAUCGGCACAUCAUGUUGAGGCCUAUUACUUUUUGUAACACUUCACAUUGGAUAUUUUUAUAUAUUUUAUAAAUACCUAUAUUUUAUUAUAUGUCAGUGAUACAGCUAAUUCAAUUCCACAUGUUCUUUCUACAUUAAAUUGUUUUGGUUCAGUGUCUGGUUAUAAGAUUAAUUGGACUAAAUCUGCACUGAUGCAUUUAACUAACUCAUCUUCUCAGUCUCUUCUUCUUACAUAUAUACCAGUAGUAUCUAGUUUUAGGAAUCUGGGUCUUAAGAUUUUUUCGUCACUACACACAAUAGCUUUAAGAAAUUUUCAAGGAAUAUAUAACCGCAUAGAAAGUGACCUGAUUCUGCACUACCAUUAUCCUUGCAGGCCUUGAUUUCUGUCAUUAAAUUAGAUGUUUUACCUCACAUUAACUUUUUCUCGUGUGAUACCACUUCUGCCACCGAUUACUGGACAAAAUUUCAAACAUUAGCUUAAGUUCAUUUGGAAUAGUAAACCUCCUGCCACGCAGCAAGGAUGCUGGUGGCCUUGCCACACUUUAAAUGUUAUCAUUGGGCAUUUAUUUUGCGACCUUGCAAGGUAUGGUUCAAUCCUGGAACUGUCGUUUCUUGGAAACCAGUAGAAUUCAGUUUGGCACUACCUCAUAAAUUACAAAAUUAUUAUAUUGUAAUAUAUAAUAUGUAAUAUAUAUAAUAUAUAUAUGUAAUAUAUAAAAUAUUGUAAUAUUUCAUUGAAGAGUGCGAAGUGGCGUUUGGGCCAAAUAAUAGCAUAUCUUCUCUCUUUUUGGCACACCGCUUCAACGUUCUCUCACAAUGACCUUAAAUGGCAUUCUCACUCACCACUAUUUCACAAUUAUAGCCUUCUUAUGGAUAACACACCUUUUGUUUUUUCAGAGUGGAGUGAAAGAGGUAUUCAUGUUUUAGCCGACAUAUGGGGGAAGGAUGGUCUACAUAUGUUUAAUGACCAGCGUAUAGAAUAUAAUUUACCAGGGACCUCCUUUAUCUUUUAUUUGCACCUGAGAUCUGCCAUGCGAGUGUAUGGAGUUCCGUUAACGCUAACAGCACAAGAAUGUGCUAAGGGUAUCAUCUUUAUACUUGUUUUUGGAAGCUUCCUAUAAACAACUACUUGUAUUGGAUGAAUAAUGGCAAAAUUUGUUGGGAUGCAAUAUGGGCUAAUCUUAGACAUUGCCUCAAAGAACCCUAACCGCCAACUAAUUCAUUACAAAAUGGUUCACAGGAUGUAUCUCAUCUCCAGGAAAUGUUAUUUAAUGAAAGUUUCCCCAUCUCCUAAUUGUAAUGUAUGUUUCAGUGGCUGCAUAAGUACUUGUUCUGGGAUUGCCUUGAAGUAAAUAAGUUUUGGGUACAGGUAUCUAAGACUUUAAAGGACAUUCUUGAGAUUGAUAUACAAUGCUGUCCUAAACUUUUGCUUUUAAAUGAUGACUCAUUUUUCAGUUUUUCACUGACUCAGGAAAGACUGUUACUCUCUGGACUUGACUGCAGCUAAGAAGAUGCUUGCCUUACAUUGGCAACCUCCACACUCUUUAGCCUGGUCCUGUUGGAUGUACUCUUUCUUAGACAUCGUGAACAUGGAAGUAUUGGUGGCAAUCAUGCAUGAAGCCACUUAAAAAACUCUAUCAGCAUGGUCAAGGGCAAUCUCUAAAAUUAAGGUGCUGUUGUAAUUGAUUUAAUUGUUUUAUGUGUUUUACAUGUAAUUGAUUGUUAGAUUAUUCUUAUCAUUAUUAUUAUUAUUAUUAUUGCUCUUUGAUAAAAAUAUAAAAAAAAGAUGUUUGUUGUCCUUUGGUAUUGUGGGGUGGAGAGCUUCGGUCAUGCCUGAGUGGUCAGAUGAAGUGACUGAUGAUCCACAGGACUGCAAUCACUGUGCUGUUGUGGUGGUUGCUAGGGAACAGGUAAGAUGUGUUUACUGUUCCGUCUAUGUUCAUUCCUUUCUGAUUCAACAACAUAGGAUCUGAGUUCCUUGCAGAUUUCCCUGACUGUCCCCAUUCUGCUGUACCCUUUGGGUGUUUAUAGUCUAACUGUUUCUCCUUGUGUGAGGAGAUGAAGGGGUUUGUUAGAUCUGUCAUAGCACCAUUCCUGAGAGCAUCGCUUUUGGGUGAGCUGUGUUUUGACCUUACUGUUACUUUUUGAGGUGGGUGGCAGCAGCUUUGUACUGAUUGGGCGACUUGUAUGUGUUUGUCUCGACAUCAGUCUCUCUGCUGGUGGACGUAGAGUUCCAUCAUGGGACAUGUUUCUCAGAUUGAGCAGGCUGAGGGAAUCUGUGUGGAAGCAGGGGAGUGGUCGAGCGCCGGUUUGUGAAUGGAGGGCAGAGCCGGAGAAGGUGAGUGGUAAGGAAUGCACACCUGCGGGGAAUUCUGCUAACGAGUGUUCUGUGUUGCAGUGAGCUGGGGCGAGGAUAAAAAGGAGAGUGAGAUCGAUCCAGCACAGAGCUGCGUAUGUGCGUGCGUAUGUGUGUGUGCAUGCGAGUGAAGUAAACUGCUGAAAGCGGAAGUGAAACUGGGGAAUAAAAAGCCUCUGAGUUGCUCCCAAGCCUGCCUCCUGCUUCUUCAUUUCCGCUCUAACCUGUAAGAUUUGCAACACUGGUGCCGAAACCCGAGACCUGAUGAAGAUGCCGUCAUGGAGUCCUCACCACUGGCCGACAUCAUCACAUCCCUUGCCAGCCUCCACCCGACCCAGCAUCAGGCCCUCCGCCAGCUGCGCCGUGAUCAGGAGCAGCGAAUCAUAGAGCUGCUCGACGCCAAGAUCCGGAUUGGCAGGUGCUCCAGGGCCUGGUCCAGCAGUCUUGUAUCCCAGUCGCGGAGUCGGGAGCCGCCGUGGCCACGCCCCACGUUGCCCCGACCCGGACCUGAAACAGGCGAUUUUGCAACAGGUCAGCCGCACCCUAGAAUGGCACCGUCAGCGCUUCCAUAUGCUGACCCUUCAGCGAGCUUGGCCGCCCUUUUGCGUUCACCAAGAAGCGUUAGUGAGAGAAAUGUUUGUGGAUGGGUCCUGCAGUAGUGAAAGACGGGGUGGGAUGUGCACUGCAUUGACUGGGGAGGCGGUGCCGGGGCCGUCAAUGUCAGCUCCACGUCAUGGGGACAUCAAGAGCAGGGGGAGUUCCGCUCCUCCCCUUUUUGCGGGGAUUUCCCCUUUGAGCAGUUGCGCAAUGAGAGCCUCAGGCACACUUUUGACCAAGUGAGAAUAAUCGAUGGUCAGCGAAUUCAGCCUAAUGCUGCGCUCUCCCGCCCCUAUUUUUCGAUUAUUAAGGAUAGGUUAUAUUGAGUGACAAAGGACACUCAAACACAAGAGGAGAUGACCCAGUUGUUGGUUCCGAAGAGCUGUCUAAUGGCACGUUUCUUCUGGCUGGGCAUUCGUGGUGAUGUUCGCAGGUGGUGCAUGGCAUGUCGCGAAUGUCAGCUAGUAAACCCGCCGGCCACCCCAAAAGAGCCCUUGAAAGGGCUUUGAAAGAAUUGGCAGGGACCUCGUCAGGCCAUUAGGGCAUCGCUUUUGUAUUAGUUCUAGUGGGCUAUGCAACGCGAUACCCGGAAGCAAUGCCAGGACAAAAGCAUGGGAAUUUUUUGUGCAAUUCCUCUGUAAAUUUGCAUGUUCGGUUGGGUAUUGUUUCAACUCAGGACAGCUGUUAUUUGAUGCUACUAUCAACCAACUGUUUGAUGCCAUACACAACAGUGCUUUGCCUUGGCGCGUUCGCUGAGUAGGCUAAUGGUUGAGAGGCAGGAAUUUGGCCAAUAGUUGCUGCAAGCCUUUUAUAAUCAACCAAUUGGUGUGCAAGAAGGCAGGAAUAACAGAGAGGGGUUAAAGCAAUGUAAAUACGCACACGCAUAAUGAAGUAUUAGACCAUAAGCACAUCAUAAUGAAACUUAAGCCAAAUCCUGGACAUUUUCACAAAUUUAGAAAUCCCAGCCGGAUGCUUUUUUAAGGUCUGAAAAAGAGAAAAUGUCUGGGGAAAAAGAGGACGUAUGAUCACCGUAAUUUUCGAAAUCAGAUGUUAUUUUUCAUUAGUGAUGGAUCUGCCUGAAAGCAGAAAAUCUUGUAGAAGUAGAUGGUAUUUAGUUGGUACAGGGAUAUUCAGUAAAAUUUAGAAUAAUUUGCUAAUGUAAUAGUAUAUAUAGUAGGCAGUAUUUUAUGUAGUAUUUUAGUAAUGUAAAAACACAAUUUUCUUUACAUGGUACCAUAUACCAUUUACUGUAAAGGUAAGCAGCAUUAGCUAAUGUAGCUGCUGGCUAAAUAAUUCUUGCAAUUAAAAAAGUAAAUAUUGUGACAUUGUGUGCUGUUUAAUAUUUAUGGAUAAUGUAUCAAGUGACACUUUUUUUUUAUAAAUAAUUCUAGAAUUGUGCUACUAGCUGGCUAGCAAUCUUUGUUGAUGUAAAUCAUAGAACCACCUUAGUGUAUGGAAAUGGAAAACAGCUAAACAGCUAGCACAAUCAUACCGGGAGGUGAGAAUGUGCCCUCGUCAUAGAGUCUCUCAUGCAGCACUGCCUUGUGGGAAGAAAUAGCCCAUAAUCCACAAUUACCACAACCCAAGACCUGCUUAGAGCUCCCUGAAAUUUAUACAUAACUUAUAAAAUUGAGCCUGAGUUACCUAAUGUUAUCUAAUGUUAAUUAGGUUGGUAAAUUAAGUAAUUGGUAUGCUUAUAUCAAGCUAAGUGACUGAUCAAAGUAAAAACGUUAAAUCAGCCCCUAGAUAUAUCCAUCCAACAACUGUCAAACAUAAGUUUUCAAAUUAAUUUUAUUAAUUAUUUAUUGAUUAAUCACGUUUUCAAUCUCUUGAUAAGAUGAAGUAAUGUCAUAUUUCAAAGUAAGCAUCAUAUUUAAAUGCUUACCUCGUACAGAUUUUCUGAAACCACUUCACACCGAAGACUCAAAAAGACGAUGUUGCUGGGAUAGCCUGGGGUAGUGGUUGGCCGCUGUAUGUCCCAGGGUGCUCUCAUGUCUGUGUUACCUUCUGGGUCUCCCUUUUAGUUGUCCCUUUUAUGCUGUCAUAGCUAGUCUUGCCAAAGUAUCUGACUCAUCCAUCCUGAUGCCCUACUUCUGGUUGGAGUUUUCAUCACCUGAAAACCACUAACUUCUGCUGAGGAUGGCCCCACAUGGACAGUCUAAAUAUCAAUGAUCAAUGAUUACUGUGGAUGGUACCACUUAGAAACCAUGAAGAUGGCUUUGGACUUCAGUUGAUAUGAACGGUUUUGUUACAAUGGUUUAGGACUACAAUUGCUUUGAUAGUUUUAGGACUACAAUUCCUAUAAACAGUUUUGCACUCAAGUAUCUAUCAGUGAACAGUUGAUAACUUCAACAUAAUAGACUUAUGAAAGAACUUAAUAAUAAAUAAACUUAAUAAUAAUAAACUACAAAGAACUUUCAUGAUCACACAAUUGCACCUUUUGACUAUAUAGUAUACAGUUUAGAAGGGAAUUAUUUGUAAUCGCGCUAUCUGGUGUCACCCAGAUGAGGUUGGGUUCUCUUUUGAGUCUGGUUCCUCCCAAGGUUUCUUCCUUAUAUCGUCUCAGGGAGUUUUUCCUUGCCAUCCUCGCCUCUGGCUAGCUCAUUAGUGAUAAAAAUCAUAAAUGUAAAAUUUAUAUCUUGAAUUUAUAUAUUUCUGUAAAGCUGUUUUGUGACAGUAUCCAUUGUUAAAAUCACUGUACAAAUAAAAUUGAAUUGAAUUUAAUUGAAUUGGGUCAAUAUGUCACAAGCACAUGAUCAGUGACAUUCCACAUGUAACCACAUGUAAGUAACCAUGUGAUUGAUUUGCUUAUAUCUGUAAUGGCAAGCUGCAAAAUGCAUUAUAGGCGUCAUGACGUGUACCCUAGGCAAAAGAUGAACCCACCUCCCUGUAUUAUUAUUAUUAUUAUUAUUAUUGUUAUUAUUGUUGUUGUUGUUACCAUUAUUAUUAAUGAUAAUUAAUUACUCUUAUGAAGUAUAUAACAAUUAUGAAUAUAUGAUAAUAAUGGUGGAAUUAAUCUAUAUUUGAUAUGUAUCUAAUGCAUUUAUUAUAAAAUAUAAUUUAAUUAUUUUUUUAUAAUAACCAUAUUUACAUUGUUUCUGUUUGUUUUUCCUUAGACCUACUCCUCUAUACCCCCGUUGUCAGUAUGUCGUCCAAAACAGUUUCCUGCAACAAUCGGAGUUUGGGUUAAUAAAGGAAAUAUUCCAUGUAGGUCUAUAUGUAGUGGAGGUAUCAUCUCCCUGCUACAUCAACUAUUUGUCCUAAUUUGGCAGAGACACUCGUAUAAUCAUUUGAUGGUGAGUAAACAACCAAGGAUGUACAGUGGGCAAGAGAUAAAAAGUGAUGGCCAGUAUGAAUCAUGAAGUAAAAACUGCUAGAGUAGACAUUGUUGUUGGGGAAGAGGGAGUCAGUCACAGUCACUUUGAGCAGAAUAUAUAUUUGAGUAAAUACUUAGGUAACAAACAUAUGUCACAGGGAAGUCCCCUGAACCAGCACUAUGAACGUCAUGUGGAUGGUUUUUUUGUAGGGUCGCCAAAACAUUAUAGGUACAUUCUUAUGGGAUAUUUACUCUACAUCCAGUUGCUUCAUAGAAAUAGUCAGAUUCAUCCAUUCUUGCUGGAUAAUGUUCAGUUUUCAUGAAUAUGCGACGGUCAUCCUAUUGGUGUUUGUAUUCAGACGGUCUCAAUAAAAAAAAUAUCUGUUUUUUCUCUUGUAUGUUGUCUUCAAUGUUCCCUUGUAUCUCUUGUAUUCAGAAGGUCUCAAUAAAAAAUGAUCUGCUUCUUCUCUUGUAUGUAAAACAGCUGGAACCAAAAACAUGCAAAUGAAACAGCUGGAGCCAAAAUUGCAUGUUUCAUGUCUGUCUUAAAAAUAAAUAGGGUUUCUAUUCUAUCACUUAUUUGUUUAUCCUUAUGCACCAAAUAAUAUAGUACUAUAAUACAGCAAUAGCCUAGGCAUGCAUAUGGUCAAAUAAAGGCAGCGUUUAAGAGAUGUUCACGGAAGGUCUGCUGGACAUAGCACAAACGUCCUAUGAGAACAUCCAUUUAAUGUUUAAGCGAUCCUACAAAAAACAUCCACAGGACAUUUGUAGUGUUAGUUCUGUGGCGUAUUUUUGUUUGCUGGGAUGACUUUGAAUGCUUUUACAUGAGAAUACAUGUUACAGUUGAGUUUUCUUUUGCCAUGAAGCUACAAAUUAAGUUCAUCCAGUAAUCACAACAAUUGAAAAUGUGAGGUACCAUAUCAGCUCUGUGACAGUUUUGCCUUUUGUCUGAAGAAAUAUGUUUAUCUCUAGAAGAAGCUCGUAAACACAGCAUAAAACUCUGCCUUGACUCACUCAGAAUUCCGGUUGAUUACAUUGCAACACAAAGCCUGCAGGUUAAUUAAGAAGUGGAUAUGUAGGUGGCAUGUUUGGCCUAAUUCACCCAUGUCCUUGCUGAUGAUGCCUAAACAGCCCUGUGUUGUACUGACCAUGCUCUGUGCACCAUCAGUUGCAGUGUCUUAUAUGAGUUAUUGUGCCCCCCUCCCCCCUCCCCCCAGACCAAGCCCUGUAGCUUUUUAUUAAUUAAUUUAUGUGUGUCAUAUUAAAAGUGAAAACAUUUCUGCUAAAUGUUUUUGUAAAAUGAAAUAAAAACAAAAAUCAGGAAAAAAUAAAGUAAAAACACACCGUGUCAGUCAUAUUUACAUGAGGUCACAUUUGGGGAAGUGUGCUCAUUGGUGUGGUGCUUGACCUAUGACUGCACAGAGAAAAAUGGAUAUAAGAAAAUGGCUACAUGGUGCUGCCUCUUCUCGGCCUCCUCCAGCUCCAGCAACUGAAGAGGGAGCAAAUAAUGCACCCUCCGGCGCUACCCCUGAAGAACAAGAGCCUUCUUUGGGGAGCGGCCAUGAUACACCUGCUAGUAUAAGCGAUAGGCCGAAAGAAGUUAAUGUUAACUGUGGAAGACAACCUGUAUAUGACUUUAGAACUGACCAGCCCAACUAAAUCAUUUUACAACAGUACCCGCCCAGACAUUCAGUUGUAGAAAGUGUUAAUUUGUCUCCACUUGGUAUCACAACCAAGACUGGCUUGAAUACAGUGUCAAGGUCGAUGCCGCAGUUUGAUUUUGCUGUCAGCAAUUUACUAGCACCAUCCGGUCACUGGAUGACUUUGAAUGAAGGCUUCCACAACUGAACAAAUGCUGUGGAGAGAGAUUGGGGAUUUCAUAAACAUGAAUCCUCAAAUGAGCAUCUCUCUUGCUAUACACUGUGGAAGGAGCAAGAGUGGCAUGUCAAUACUGGAAAGGAGACCAACUAUGAAAGAAGAGGUACUAUGUUUCCUCCCUCAUAGAUGUUCUUGGAUUUCUCAUGGAAAACCAAUUACCUUUACGAGGGAAGAUAGAGGCCUUUGACAGCCUGUCGGAGGGGGGAAGUGGGCUUUUCCUCUUUCUAGUGGACUAUACAAUUAAAAAGGACCUUGAAUUGGCUGCCACGGUGAAGUCAAUUCCUCGGAACGCCACUUACACCUGUCACGACAUGCAAAAUGAACACAUAAGUACACUCAGCAGUGUGGUGACAGAGGCUAUAGUGGAGGAAUUAGGCAACUCCUACUACACAUUUAAAGUAGAAAGUAGAACCCAUGACCCCACCAGAUGCGAUUUCAUUCAAUUUGUAAAUGAGGCAUACAAGGUCACAGAGUGCCUGCUAAAAAUAGCGUCAGCUGCAGCAUGGCUGCAGGAUGGUUCCCCAACCUGAGUCGGGUGGUGGUGGUAUGUGGCAACAGGAGUAUGGUUGAGCAUCAGCAGCAGACGGAGAGGAGGUGGGUUGACCUGUGUAUUGUUACUGCCACUCUGCAUAUUUGUGUUUCUUUUUGCUUUCAGGGACAGCCGUAAACAGAGAGAGAGUGAGUGAUCGAACUAGCAGAACGUGCAAAACACACACACUCCAAGGAGCAUGAACAUGAAUGGAGCGAAAUCCUUGAAUUCAUGAUGGACACUUUUUUUGAGAAACCUGCAUCUGCCAGAAUGAAGCUACUGAAGGGAGAUGUCACUCCUGAUCUCCAGACUGAAGGGGAAACAGGAGGUGAAAAGGAUGUUAAGAAAUUUCCCCCAACGUUCCAAUGCCACGCUAAAAGCUGCCGCCACUAAAAAUCCAUCUCCUGCGAGUGCCACAUUGGUGGGAUUGCCGCACCACCCCCAGAGACGACACCUCCCUCACCUUUCUGCUCCUUCCACUCUCCCUUCACAACUUAAAGAUACUGCACAAUGGGAGAACUUGCCCUGGGAGGACUGGGCACCAGCCCUCGCUCCACUUCUCACAGGAGAGGCCCAGCUAGCCUACCACACCUUGACGAUUGAAGAAUCGGUCCACUACUAACUACUUGAAAUCCUCUUAAAACUACAAAAUCCUCCUCCGCUGCAGCAUCUCCCCAACCAGUGCCGUGGCAGAACACCAUUGGUGGGUCUACAACACCAAAGCCAUCCCUUGGAGCCAGAUGGACAACCUACUGCCCAUCACUAAGCGGUGGCUCCAGCCCAAGCUUCUGACUGCCACCGAAGUGGCCGAGAGGGUGGUCAUGGAUUUAUUCCUGAGGGCCAUCGGGAUCAGUGGCACCCAGAACCUGAAGGAGAUGAUAGAGGCUCUGGAGCGAGCUGUAGCAACAUUAGAAAUUGGCAGGGGCAGUCCCUCCCAAGCUUCCCACCAUCGAUGUGAGGGUCAAUGGCCACCCAGUCUCGGCCCUACUCGACUCGGAAAGUACAGUAACUCUGGCUUGACCCUCCAUCCUCUCCACGUUCCACCCCGCAGGCACCCUUAAAGUAACGUGUGUAUGGGGAUGCCUGGGAAAUUCCUGCCACCCAGGUGAGCGUGAGUCACAGAAACACUGAAUUGUCCCCUCACAGUCGGCCUCAUCCCUGAGCUCCCCGUCCCUCUGCUCCUGGGCCAGGACUGGCCAGGAUUUGCUGCAGCCAGGGCAUUGUGGGUGACGAGGAGGAGGAAGGCCAGGAUGCCGCAGCCGCGGAUCCGGCAGUCCUGCCUGGUGCAAGAAGAGGGCAAUGACGGAGCAACCUCAGCAGGUGAGCCAACACCCCUAACUAACCCUAUAUCUGCUGUGUCUACCCAGGUCGCUCAGGACGGAAAUUUCAGCCGGGAGCAGAAAGAGGAUCCCAGGUUGAAGAAUUUUUGGAGCCAGGUGCGGGUCAUCAAAUUGUCCUGCAGCAACCAGACCAACACCUACCCACCACACACUUUCUGGUAAGGGGGGGCUUCUCUACCAGAAAACUGAACAUCGAGGAGAGCCCUGUGACUACCCAAAGCCGUACCAAGGCUCUGAUGCACCUGGCCCACUCGCGUCCCCUGGGAUGGCAUCUGGGGGCUCGUAAUACCUUGGAAAAGCUGCGAGAUUGCUUCACAUGGCCCGGCAUGGAUGCAGAAGUACAGGCCUUUUGUCAACAGUGUUCCCAGUGCCAGCCAACAAGCCCCCACAAACCUGCUCCUGCACCACUCAUUCCUCUCCCCAUUAUCGGCGUCCCCUUCGAGCAGAUUGGCCUGGAAUCUCACAGGGCCGCUGCCUAAAUCUGCCCAGGGUCAUGAGUAUUGGUCAUUGUGGACUAUACCACCUCAGUGGCAGGGCCCGUACACAGUCCUUGAGUGGGUAAGUCCAGUUAAUUACCGGCCGCAACAAACCGGUAAAUGCACAGACACCCAAGUUUAUCAAAUUAAUCUACUUAAAAAAUGGACUGACCCUGACCCCAAUGUGUCCACACUUGCUUUGCUCAGCACAGAUUUGUCCAAGCGUGCCUUGGUCCACCAAGGAGAGGAGCUCACACCAGCUCAGUCCCAGGAGCUGAGGGAGAUGGCGGACCAGUUUGCAGAUGGCUUCUCCUCAGUCCCUGGCAGAACGCAUCUGGUCCAACACGACAUUAAAACCCCUCUGGGAGUUGUGGUCCGACAGCAGCCCUACUGUGUCCCAGCAGCCCACUGUCAGGCAAUCGAGGAGGAGGUCCACCAGAUGCUCCAGGACAGAAUCAUCAAGGAGUCGAGCCCCAUUGUUUUGGUGCCCAAGCCCGACGGGAGCAUCUGGCUGUGCAACGACUUCUGGAGGCUUAACUGGGUAUCUGAUUUCAAUGCUUACCCCCUCCCAGGACCUGGUGGAGUGACUGUGGAGAGGCGGUUUAUCUCCACACUCGACCUCACAAAGGGCUACUGGCAAGUGGCUUUGAACCACUAUCUCCGGCAGCCACUGGCAGUACCGGGUUCUCCCCUUCAGGCUGCAUGGGGUGCCAGCUACGUUCCAGUGACUCAUGGACAUCGUCUUGAGACACCACAGGCCUUAUACAGCCACGUACAUCGACGAUGUGGUAAUACAUUCCUCCACUUGGUCCGACCACCUCUACCACCCGAUGGCCGUGUUGGAACUCCAGAGGUCUGGGCUAACCACCAACCCAAAAAAAUGUCACCUGGGGUUAACGGAGGCACAGUACCUGAGGUACCGCAUCGGCCGCGGACUACUCAUGUCACAAGAGAAGAAGAUCUAGGCGGUGCAUGAGUACCCAAGACCAGUCACAAAGAAACAGGAAAGGCCAACCGGACCAGCUGCAGUGGAGUUGGGAAGCAAAAAAAGCAUUUGUGGAGUUGAAGAACGCACUGACGAUCUCACUGAUGGUUUACUGUGAUGGCCUGCGCACAAAAGACACAUACUUUCAGCACCCCCAUUGUUUUGGACAGCCAGAGCGCAUGUGGCUGCAAGGCGGAGCACUUUAAUCCUCCACGGGCGGCAGCCAAUCCCCGCCACGGCUAUAAUCUACGGAGGGAUAUAAAAGGAGCCCGCGGCAGCUCAGGGAAAGAGGAAUCCUGAUGUGCUUUGGGAUGGCUAAAUGAAGUGAAGUGAAGUGACUUGUGGCCAAGUAUGGUGACCCAUACUUGGAAUUUGUGCUCUGCAUUUAACCCAUCCAAGUGCACACACACACCGUGAACACACACCCGGAGCAGUGGGCAGCCUUUUUUGCCGCAGCGCCCGGGGAGCAGUUGGGGGUUCGGUGCCUUGCUCAAGGGUCUCACCUCAGUCGUGGUAUUGAGGGUGGAAGAGAGCGCUGGUCAUUCACUCCCCCCACCUACAAUCCCUGCCAGACCUGAGACUCGAACCCACGACCUUCAGGUCACCAGGUUACAAGUCCGACUCUCUAGCCAACUCUCUAUCCAUUAGGCUACGACUGCCCCCAUAAUAAAUAUUUCCCAAAUUCAUGCAUUCAUGCAUUCAUGGGCUUUUGGAAUACAGUUACGAAAUUUGAGUAUUAUUAAACUAUAGCUAUCUAUGUUAUUAAAAUUAAGGAUAAUUUUAUUUUUGUUGAUCUGCUUAUUCUUUGCUGUUAAUUUUUAAAAAGGUUAACCGUAUUAUGGAUCCUUUAUUCUGUGUAAUGUUUUUCUAGUUAAAAGCAGGCUCUGUAAAAUAAAAUAGCCCAGGCAGCCCAUAUAAUAACCAGAUAGUGCCUAUGUACAGCCCAUGCAGGACUCUCAAUGUACCCAUGUUACCAUUCUAUAAUAAUCCACAUUAAGCCCAUGUGGGGGCCACCAUUUUUGCCUAAAAGGGCUCUACAUGUGGCCUGUCUGGGCCCCAUCAUUAGCCCAUAUGGGCAUCUACAUGUGGGGCCAUCAUGGAAACUGUGGACAAAAGUUGGUGGGGCCCAGCUGGGCUGCCUACAUGGGCCCCAGCUUCAAGCGUAUUUGGGACCCAUGUGGGCCCUGCAUGAACAUGCUGGCUCAGGUGCUGUUAUACGAAAAUGUUAUACAAUAAUGCAUGCUUAUAUUGUACCAAUCUGGCUAAUAGCUUCCAGACAUGUAUACGCAGGGACAACACAUGAUCCUGAUUGUUACUUGAUCCUGCUGUUUUUCACCAUAGCAGCUGGUAGCCAAUAAAAAAGGAAUGGAUUCUUUAAAAAACUAAUUAUUAUAAUAACCGUUAACAUGUAUUCGUGCAUAUACAUAAAUAGAUUCUGUUUGCUCUUCUUUCUACUACGAACAUCCUAAUCUAAUUUCACUGCCUAGGUUAUUGGUGUUAAUUAAUAGAAUAUGUUAAAUAAGGUUUAAAAAAAUUAAUAGCCUUAGAUUAUGGCCCUUAGGGGUCUCACAAAACACCGACACCCUUAAUUUAGCUGUAUAUGGCCAAAAAUAAAUAAAUUACAUUUUCAGGUCAACAGGAUAGUAUUGAGCUACAGAAACACUAUCCCACUGUCCUUGUGAAUGGUUGUGCAGAAGUUAAAAGUAAAAUAACAUUUUAAAAAAACAUAUGGCAAGGAGCCUGCAGUUAUUCAUUUUGAUACAAAUAUUAUAUUUCACUGGCAAGCAUCAUCUUGAAAGAUGAUGAUAAUGGACUUUAAUAGAAAUUAUAUUUCACAAAACACUAAAACAGGCAGCACUCUCAGCAUACAGGUAGCACUAUCAACCCACAUUGCCCCUCAAAAAUCAACACUAUGAUCAAGAAACAAUGCAGUUGUAUACUGGUUUGGAGGAUCAUGCUGUUAUUUGAGUUAGGGGCCUUGAUUCAGAUAGAUUGGGGUGGAAAAAACAUAUGGGGACCUAGUUAAGCACACUUUUAGGUACCUACUUUUAUUUUGUUUUGAAAGAGGCGGUCCUUAUUUCUCUCUGGGCACCAUGAGAGACCCCUUAGAGGUUCUAAUGGAGCCAUUAUUUUGUAUUUUAUUCUAGGAUUUCUUCUCAGAGAGAAAAAAAAUCAGGCAAAAAAUUCAGACUAUAAAUUUAAAGCCAGACAAAGUAAUAAUUAACCCUGUAGAUAACAAUAUAACUAUAUCAGUUCAGCAAUUAGAAUGUUUUACUCCCCUUCGAGAAACCAAACUAAAUUCACUAAUUUCCUCAUCAAAAUCAUCAACUUGUGUUCUAGAUCCCUUACCUACGUGUUUCUUCAAACAGAUACUACCAGAAGCAAUCGAACAUCUUCUAAAAAUAAUCAAUUCUUCCCUUAGCACUGGCUAUGUUCAUAAUUCUUUAUAUCAUUUAUCAAACCCCUAAUUAAAAAAACUGUCCCCGAACCCUGUCAGCUGUCCAACUAUAGGCCAAUAUCAAACUUCACCUUUAUCCCCAAGAUCCUAGAAAAGGUUGUAUCACAGCAGUUAUGUUCACACUUGUAUAUGAAUAACAUUUAUGAAAUCUAUCAGUCAGGAUUUAGGCCUUAUCAUAGCACAGAGACAGUGCUGGUUAAAGUGUUAAAUGACCUACUACUGGCCUCUGAUCAGGGUUGUGUUUCUCUGCUUAUGUGACCUUAGUGCAGCUUUUUGAAACCAUGGAUCAUACUAUUCUUCUUCAUAGAUUAUAAAAUGUUGUUGGCUUUAAGGGAACAGCCUUCUCCUGGCUCAGGUCUUAUUUGUCUGAUCGUUAUCAGUUUGCAGAUCUAAAUGGUGACUUCUGUACGCAUACUAAGUAAAGUUUGGUGUUACGCAAAGUUCUGUUUUAGGCCCACUGCAUUUUUCUUAAUAUAUGCUACCUCUGGGUAAAAUUAUUCUUAAACAUGGUAUUAGCUUUCACUGGUAUGCUAGUUCACUAGGUCAGGGACUAAAAGUACCAUCAAGAACAUUUUGUGAAAACCAGUCAUUUUACAUUAUUGGUAUUAAUUAAAGAAUAUAAAAAAUAUAGAAAGUGAGCCAACACCAACCCAUAAAUUAAGACAAAUAAAACUACUCAUUCAAUUAUGAAAAAAAAAGAUGCCUGUCUGUCUUCACAUAGCCACAAGCCGUAAACAAAUGCCUCAGCUGACAGAAAAUUUUAGCACUCACUUUUUAUUAUUAAUAUUAUAUAUUAUUAAAUAUUUUUAUUGUCAUAGUAGUGAGUUAAAAUAAUUUCCACUUCUGAUUUUCAGGCUUUACCUUGAUUGAUUGUUUCAUUCUCACAGCUGCCUGUGUACCUGAAAUUUUUGAAACAUGUAAAUGAGCUGUGCCAUGCAUGUGCUUGGUAAUUUGCACAUACUUGCUAAUUUACAGGUGAUUACCAAUUUUCAACAUACACGCAUUUAAAUCCUUUGUAAAUUUUUAGUUCAGUUUGGUUUAUGGAAACAUUUACACUCAACUUUUUUCUCAAAGAUUGAUGAAUGAGGCCCAUUCUCCAUUAAGCUGAACUUUCACAUGUCACUUUCACAUUUGUGCGCGUGUGUGCAUACAUGUGUCUCUCUCGCUCUCUCUCAGUCUCUCAUUAUGGCAGACCCUGAAAGCGCAAAGAAACACACAUGAACCCAUAGUCCUCAGGCACAAUGAAUGUGAGGACUUGCCAGGGUCACAGGGGCCUGAAGCUGGAGCAGAUACCACAGCUAAUUUCAAUAUUCAAACAUAGCCUUUCUGUGAUGGGUUCAUGUUGUCCAGGAUUACCAGGGUUAAGCAGGUUGUAUAGUAGUUGUGAGAUGGCAACAUAAGAAUAUCUGUCAGAGCUCCUAGCAGGCAAAUUUCCCCUAUAACUAUAUUAGGAACCCACUGCCCUAAAUGCUGCACUCAAUCACAACAUAGUUAAGCAUUUUCAUGACUGACUUUCAUGACUUGCUUUGUGACCUUUGCUCGCAAGAGAUCCAAAAGUGCCAUUAAAUCUUUGUGUCUUUUGUUCCUCACUACUCAAUAACUCACUACUGGAGGUCUAUUUUCAACGAACUGAAUGAUAACAGUGUAGCGCAGAAUGCACUCUGCCUGAGAGAAGGCUGUAUAACUUUGCUGAUAAAGUAGUGAUUUGAGCUCCAAUAUCAACAAAACAUCCAGUUCUUCUACCUGAACGUCAACAAAAAGGCAGUUUUUUAAACAAGUUUACUGAUGGCACAAACAUGGCAGACACAGCAAGGCAAAUUAGUUUAAUGCAGUUGACUGCCAUUGACUGCUUCCCACAAGGCCUUUACAAUGGUUGAUAUGUGUAGGUGAAACAGCCCAUCAAAUUAGCUUUCUUCUGGGUGAGUGGUACCAGUUUUAGAACUGUCCACAUGUGUAGGAGCAGUAGUUGAAGUAGAGUAUUGUAAAUCAUCAUCUAGAUGGUAAAGGUCAUGCUUGAGCUCUGACCAUUUGGCCUUUCUCCAUUUCAACACUGUAGUUACUAGUACCUCAUGGAGAGCUAGCCUUAAUGAAUCAACUGGUUGUGUGAAAUGAGGUCCUGCAUCAGAAUCUUCAGCAUUAUCAAUGAAUUAAUUUUCAAUGCCAGAAAGGUGCAGAAAAACUGUUUCAAACCACUCACAAAUAUUUGCGGCAUUUGACACCCAAAUGAUCCAGUAUUCUACUAACUAGCUGCCUGCUAUCUGACAUAUUAAGCACUAUUGCAAUGGCAUCAUUAGGGUAUAGAGAGUAAAGAUGUAAAGUAAAGUUUUUUCUUUUGCAAGAGAUCUAUGAAAUCCAGCCCCAUUUGUCUUGGGUGUUUAAACUCGGUUGAGGUAAGUGCUUUGUGCAGGCCUCUCAACUUCUUCUACACCAGCCUUGACAAACCAUAUCUUCAUGGACCUCACUUUGUGCAUAAGGGAAUUGUCAUGCUGGAACAGGUUUGGGCCCCUUAGUUCCAGUGAAAGGAAAUUGUAAUGCUACAGCAAAGACAUCCUAUACAAUUGUGUAUUUUAAAUGUACCCCUUUACUGGAGCCCUCCACCGUGUGUGCCUUGCAUGACCCUCCCCUACAUGACUUGCUUUUUUGCUUAUGCAUUCCUUUAUUUGUGCAAGCCCGGAUUGUGAUGAUUAAUGACGUAAGCAGAAUGUAGUAGUUUUCUUUAGUCACAACUCUAUCAUUCGAGUUUCUUCAUCAUACAAUGUGACAUGUAGAACAUGCUAUCACAGUCUGCUGUAGAAUUCAAGAUAUUUUUGGGAUCAUCUCAUACAGUGUGACAAGUAAUAUUGCUGAAAUUGUAGUGUAAACCAGAUUUUAGUAAUGUCUUUUACCAGUGAUCAUUACUCACUAUGAAAACAUUCUCUGUGAUAUAUGGCAAUUGAACGACCAUGUUUGUUAAUUUAUUAUUCAUACAGAAGAUUUGAGUUUAAUUUACCGAAUUAAAUAAUUAUGUCAGGAAUAUAAAUGUAAUGUUUAUUAGUCCCCGGUUACUUGGUUCCAUAUAUACGGUUUUCCCUAGGGAAGUUUUUGUGGAGGACAAGAGACUUGGAAAGAGAUGAAGUGGUGUGUGUGUGAAAAUGAGCUAAGUCCUGUCUUGCUG